AUGCGAAAAAUUCACGAGAAAAACCCGACGACUACACCACGUCCUCUAAGGACCACCACCGAAUACGAAUACGAGCCACUUGUAUUCUAUCCAUGGACUGGAGGUGACUGUACUAAUUGCAUCGAAACAGAUAGCAUUUUUACGUUUGAUGUGGAAAUUGAGGUGGGAUUUUUAAAAUAUUCAAAACUAUUGAAUGAAGUUGCCACCUAUCUUGGAUUAUUUUUAAAUUUGCUGCAUUUGUUUGUUCUAACAAGAAAGGAGCUCAGGAACAACGCGGUGUUUUUCAUCAUGAUUGGAAUUUGUGUCUCUGAUAUUCUGGUUUUUGCAUCGAGUAUUUCUGAAGCAUUUGUGUAUGACUAUGCGUAUAUCGCAGAACAAAUCGGUACCUGCGCUAGUUUCAAGCAAUGGCUUUAUAUGGGAGUUGAAUGGUAUUCUGGAGGAGUUCAAAAAUUUGGGAGAAUGUGUUCCAUAGUACUUGCCUUGUCGAUGACUUUUAUCCGCACUGUCUCUGUUAUGUUCUCUAUGAGCGCGGUGGCAAAUCGAUUGACGAAACUUUCCACAGCAAUUUUUGUAGUGUUUAUUUUUAAUCUUAUUUUGGGAAUUUGGUACGCAGAGUUUUAUCUUCGGGCAAAACCCCAUAAAGAUGUUGUGUCAUUUUGCUAUUUUAUUGGACUCGAAGAUGAAAAAGUGGCACAACACGAACUCACAGAAGGUUUCAGUAUAUUAGUGCUCACCGUUAUCUACACUUUUCUUACUGUAAUUCUUCUGGUAGCGCUCAAGAUUGCAAAGAAACGGUGGAAGAGAUUGGGAUCUGAAAAAAGUUUUGGAAGUUAUAAAUAUCUACUAAUUCUUUUCCCAACAGUUGGUAUAUUCUUUGCAACGAUAGAGCUGAUUCUUUAUCCGAAUGUGUAUUCUCACAAUGCUGGUUAUGUCUUCUACAGUACCAGUCGCCCAUUUGGUAUGAGUCAAGACGCUGUAACUUUCUGUUUGUGCUUUUACACUGGAGUCUACGCAUCCACCAUCUCCAUGCUAUCGGUUCAAUUUUUAUAUCGAUACUGGGCGAUUUUUGACUCUCAUAUGCUUCAAAAAUUCAAUCUCGACAUUUCUGAGGUUUCGGGUGUAGCCGUUGUUGCCUACGACGCUACCGGUUCUAUCCGAUGGUUUAAUAUCUCGUCGACAACUAACAUGACAUGUAUCAUGGCUAUCCAGUAUACUUUUUUUUUUACAAUUUACCUUCCACUUCUGGAUAUAGAGUGUGAUCUACGAACUGGAAUUACGCUCUGCGCCGUCGCACUGUAUCCAGCUAUGGAUGCUAUCAUUGUUAUGUAUAUCGUCUCAGACUAUAAAAAAGCUGCAAAAAAACUCACCAUUCAGUUUUUGGAUAAAUGUCAAAAGUUAUUGGGUAUGCUGAAAACAGAACCAAGUACAAAUCAGAGAGCAUCGACGAAUUUGAAUUACCCAAAUAUUGUGAACUAA